AUGAGAAAACUGCCCUGGCCCAGAGCUAGAUAUAAGCGCCGCGGGCGGUGUAAUUUAAAUGAGGAACGUUCAGUGGUCGCUCAACAGAACCUUCCUGAGGCUAGUUCUGUUCGUGCGGAUGACAAGGCGGCCUGUGGUCUCGCAUUGUUGGGCCCAACCGCAGCUCUUAGCAUGCCCGACGCAUAUUAUUACCCAUUGCUAGCUCUCACGGGGCCCCCGGCCGCCGCUUGUUCCCGACGCCUGGUGGCCAUCGAUCCACUCGUCAACGGCUCGCUGCCUGCGACCCUCGACGGCCCGCUUAGGGCGACGGGAAUAGACACCGCAAACUACCGCAAUUUGCUGCGGCGUAUGCACGCGGCUCUAAUGGCGUUCUCCGUCCGAUAUAAAGUGCAUGAGCGGCCGCUCGCUGCGAGAGCAAUUUUCGCGCGUGACCUCCGAACGGAAUCUUCAGCAUCUCCGAGGGCCAAGCGAAAUGGGUUCCACAAGAGCGGUUAUGCUAAAAUGCAGCCCCGUAUUCUCAGCGGUUCCCUU